UUCCCUCUAGGCUGGGGAUGAAAAAUGUUAGCUGGUCAAUCCCAGUAUCAUCAGCUCUACUCAAUCGAUAUCCUCGGCCUCCGAGACCACCGGCUGCCCUCCAUUUCACCCACUCUCCACCUCCCUUCCACCACCAACUCUACCUAUAAACGCACCCGUCAGCUCUCCAUAUCCUCCUCCCUCAACCACAACCAAAACCCACAAACCACUUCUUCCUCCCCCACGUCAGACAAUGAAGAAAAUUUCCUCCGAACUCACAAUGCAAAAUCCUCCGUCCUCCUCCUCCGCCACCUCUCACCCCAUCAAGAAGGAAACUCGACACCCCCAUCAGCGCAUCCCGAGAGUCAAGGAAAGCUAAUCCCUCGAGAAGAUAAAGCGAAGCUUCUAAAAAUGUCUCUAAUAAGAAAAAGAACCCCACAAUUCCCAGGUUCAAUUUAUGUUCAAUGCCCAAGUGGCCCAGAUUUCAACGCUUCUUUGCCACCACUUCAAAAUCUUUUCGAAGAGCAAAAGGGCAAUCUUGUUAUUACUGCAAACGAUGAUGAUGACGAGAUGCUGAUGAAAGCUCUUGAGAUACGAAGGGGAGUCACUGUAGAGAUUUUCAAGGAGGCUAUGAGAAAGGGCAAAUUUGGGAUCACUUAUUCGACGAAUUUGAUUUCAAAGUUGUCUGAUUUUAUUGAUUUUGUGAUGAUUCAAGCUGCUUCCAUGAAGCAAUUGCCCGAAUUUUCAACAGCAUCCUACAAUUUUCGUGCCAGAACCUUCAUAGACGACUCUGGUGUCGUGCCUCUUAUAAGGUGGUUGAAACACAAUUCAUUAUCCUAUCCUCAAAUUGCGAAGCUCAUUUGCAUGUCAAGAGGAAAUCUUAACUCUAUAAGACGACUGGCUGAGUGGUUGAAGACAAUAUACGUGAGAGGGAGAUAUAUUGGGGUUGCAUUGAUGAGAGCUGGAGGGAAUGUAUUGGAGUGCAACUCACAGGAAUUGGAUGAGAUUGUUGGCUAUUUGGAGGACAAUGGAGUUAGGAAGGAUUGGAUGGGUUAUGUUGUGAGUCGAUGCCCUGAGAUCUUGUCUUUUAGCAUGGAGGAACUCAAGGCUCGUGUGGAAUUUUACUUGAAUAUGGGGAUGGAUGAGAAGGAUUUUGGGACAAUGGUUUUUGACUAUCCUAAGGUGCUUGGAUACUUUCCAAUGGAAGAGAUGAACCAAAAGGUUACAUUUCUGAAAGAGUUUGGUCUCAAUGAUGAAGACGUUGGCAAAUUACUAGCAUUUAAGCCACAACUGAUGGCAUGUAGUAUUGAGGAGAAAUGGAAGCCUCUUGUGAAGUAUUUUUACUACCUUGGGAUGUCCAGAGACAGCAUGAGAAGAAUUCUUUGUAUCAAGCCAAUGAUAUUCUGUGUGGAUUUGGAAACAAUUAUUGUGCCCAAGGUUCAGUUUUUACGGGACAUAGGUGUUCAAGAAGAAGCCAUUGGCAAUAUGAUUGCGAAGUUUCCCCCUUUGUUGACAUACAGCCUUAACAAGAAGAUCCGCCCAGUUGUUGUUUUUCUGUUGACGAAAGCUGGAGUAUCCCAGAGGGACAUCGGCAAGGUAAUAGCUUUGGGGCCAGAGCUUUUGGGAUGCAGCAUAGCAAAUAAACUGGACCACAAUGUGAAAUAUUUUUUGUCACUUGGUAUCUCUCUCCGGAAAUUGGGUGAGAUGAUAGCUGAUUUUCCCAUACUACUACGGUACAACGUAGAUCUCCUCCGUCCCAAAUACCGGUAUCUGCGGAGAACCAUGGUUCGACCUUUGCAGGAUCUCAUCGAAUUUCCAAGGUUUUUCAGCUAUUCUCUAGAUGAACGAAUAAUUCCUCGGCAUAGGAUUAUGGUGGAACAGCGGGUGAAUUUCAAGCUGCGAUAUAUGUUGGGAGGCACUGAUGAAGAGUUUGAUCAGAGGGUCCAGGCUGCAGUAGAAAGGCGUCAAAGAUUCGAAUCUGGUGUUACAUUUGAAGAAGAAUCAUCUGAUUCUCAAACUGAUGUUGGCUCUUUGACAGCAUGCUCUAGUUGACAUGAAACGACACAUCACGCAUAGCAUAUUAGCAUUCUGACUAUAGGGCUUUUUGCAAUACACAAGCGCUCCCCAGGAGUGGUACCCAGUCUGUCUUCAUAAUGACACAGACGCAUCUUCUUGUUGUAGAAUGUACAAUGUGCACAUAUGUAUAUUUGGGUAUGAAUUUUAAGCAAGUGCCCCUUGUUUAUGAA